GAGACCCUGUGUCUCCGGGAGAUGUACUCUGUGAUAUAGAAACGGAUAAAGCUGUCAUUUCCAUGGACACUGAGGAGACUGGAGUCCUGGCCAAAAUAUUGGCCCCAGACAACAGCAAGGAUGUGGUUGUUGGAAGUCUCAUUGCCCUCUUGGUGGAGGAAGGGGAUGACUGGAAGAGUGUUCAAAUCCCUGCAGAUGCAGGUGCUAAGCCUCAGCCUGUUGCUGCUGCUGCUGCCUCAGCUCCAACCACUGUACCAGUGGGAAAACCACAACCAGUGGCUACUGUGGAACAUAGCCACCUGAUGGGCCCGUCAGUGAAGAAAUUGCUGCAUGAGUACAACAUUGAGUCAUCUGCUGUACCAGCCACAGGGCGGUCUGGUGUCUUGUUGAAAGGUGAUGUUCUUGAUUACAUAACAGCCAAAAAUUUGAAAAGGGUCGAUCAAAGGGCUGCAGGCCCGGCACAGAGUCCCAGCUCAAGCAAACCAGUGCAGACACCUGUAGCAUCUUCACCUGCCUCUGCCAACUAUGUAGAUAUUCCACUGACCAACAUGAGACGAACUAUUGCCAGGCGACUGACCGAAUCUAAGACAACAAUUCCCCAUGCUUAUGCUUCCAUUGAAUCGGACGUCGGAGCUGUCACGGAACUGAGGAAGACAUUGACAAACGAAGGGAUCAAGGUUUCGGUCAAUGAUUUCAUCAUCAAGGCUGCAGCGUUGGCCCUACAGCGAGUGCCUCGGGUGAAUGCCAUCUGGGCAAACGAAGGACCCCAGCUGAGCCAGACAGUGGACAUUUCAGUAGCCGUGGCAACACCAAAUGGUCUGAUCACUCCCAUUGUCAGAGGGGCAACUUAUCUUACAGUGGACCAGAUCAGCAGAACAGUGAAGGAGUUGGCUGUAAAGGCUAGAGAUGGAAAGUUGCAGCUCCAUGAGUUCCAGGGAGGCAGCUUCAGCAUUUCAAACCUAGGAAUGUUUGGAAUCUCAGAAUUCACAGCCGUCAUAAACCCACCACAAAUCGCCAUUCUCGCUGUAGGCACCUCACGUCCUGUGGCAACUAUGAACGGCAACCGGCACCGAAUGACGGUGACCAUGUCGUACGACAGCCGAGCUAUCAGCGAGAUAGAAGCCACACAGUGGCUGCAGGAAUUCCGCAACGUGAUGGAGAACCCCAAGUCCAUGCUGUCAGGAACUAACCUGGAUGCCGAGGCAGAAGCUUUUGCAUUUUAA